AGAUUUUCCUCUUAUCGGCACACCUCGUCACUAUUUCUGGCUUGCCGAACGUCUCUCUGCGUCUCUGCCUUGCAUCACCAAACAUCAAGUCAUGAAGUAUUUCGUCUUUAUCUUGGCCGUUCUCGUCGGGGCAGUUGUCGCCAAACCGAAGACGAUCUCUCCUGAUGACCUGAAGCAACAGAACAAGGACAUCUCGUCUAAAGAGUACCUUAAACGGGUCUUCCAGCACCCUGUGGUCUCUUACGUCGGAAGUGACGCCCAGGACAUCGUCGAGAAGCUACAAGAUCUUGGACUUCAUGAGGCAGCGACCAUCGCCAAGCAGGUAGAUCUGAAGCAGAUCCUUCGAGACAGUGACCUUCCAUCCGUCACGUUGUGCAUGCCCAGUGACAAGGCUGUCGAGAAGUGGAGGCAGGAGUUCCCCGGAAGACAGAUGCCAGAGAGGGAGAUCUUGAAGAAUCUGGUUAAGGCUUGGAUCGUUCCGAAAAGGGUCAUGUCAUCCGAGAUCACAAAUAACCAGAAGAUGGAGAGCUUGAAUGGCGCCAAGCUAAGAUUCAACAUCUACAGUGAUGUCGAAAGGGUAGAGGUCGCCACUGUCAAUGGUGCUCGAAUCACUGACACCAUUACGACAUCUGUCAAUGAAAUCAUCCAGAUCGUCGACAAGGUCAUCUAUCCUCUUCCGAUUGGUACUGUCAUAGAGACUUUGGUCGAUAACAAAGCAUUCUCCGUCAUCGUCGAUCUCGUGAGCCAGGCCGGACUCAAAGAAGAACUUGAAUCUGAUCCAAUCACGGUUAUUGUACCAACUAACGACGCCUUCCAAGCUCUCCCAUCUGGUGUCCUAGACGACCUCAAACGCAACAACGACAAACUCCGUAACCUGCUCAGAUACCACGUGAUUUCUGACGUCAGAUAUUCUGUCUCGUUGUCGUCUGGACAGCGCAUCCGUGCUUCACAGGGGGAUGAGAUUUCUGUCACCCGCAAUAAUGAAGACCAAAUUGUCCUGAAUGAGCAGAGUGAGCAGUCGGAAGCUCCACGAGUGAUUUCGCGUGAUAUCCCUACCACCAACGGAGUCAUCCAUGUAGUCGACCGGGUCGUUCUCCCGCCUCAAAGACACUUCGUUCUAGUUUAACCCAUCAGGCUGAUCAGACCUGAAACGAUCAAUGUCCACAUGGGUUUUAUUUUCUAAAUUGUUUCAAUAAUUCUGUGUAAUUACAGAAAUAAAACUACCCCUUUCUAUAUUGCAAAA